CAGGAAGGGAGUGAGGGGGAAGAGGAUGGGGGUGAGAGGGAGAAUAUGAGUGGGAGUGUGUCUGGGAAUGGGGGUGAGGAUGGGAGUGGGAGCGAUGCUUUCUAUGAUGCAGUCACCUCAUUGGAUGAGGCCUUUCCGCCGGCCAGUGUGCUAGAGUGCAUUAUCGCGGCAGAAGAAGACGAGCCCUUGCCGCCCACUGCCGCUGCCGCUGCUGCUGCCGCUGCAUGGAUGGUUCCCAGGAGUAUCAGCAGCACGAAUAGUGUAAGCAGCAUGACUGGCAGUGGCAGGAGCACAGGCAGCAGCAGCAGCAGAUUCAGCAAUGCAGGCAGCAAGAACAGUGUAAGCAGCAUCAGGAGCCUGGCUAGCAGCUGUAGGAGCAGCGGCAGUGCUGCCAGCAGCAGAAGCAAGGCUAGCAGUAACACCGGGACGAUGAGGAGCACAGAUAGCUGCAGCAGCUCCGGUAACCUCCUCCCCCAGAACCACCUUCCCCAGAACCAUCUAGCUCCUUCCACAACGGCCUCUGCUGACCAGGACCGCAGCGAUUUCUCUUGCUCUCCCCCACACGAGGUGAUUUUUGAGUCGACUAAAAAAUCUCCCCCACGCGCCUCUCCGCAUCUUCGCCCCUCCACACCCCUCUUCCUCAGCCCUUCGCUGCUUCCCCUCUCCAGGGAGGCGCAGAGGGAGCAGCAGCAGCAGCUGUUGGACCGGUUUCUGGAUGCCACUCUUAGGUCCCCCAUGCUGGGGGGGGAGAGGUGGCUGGAGGGGAGGGAAAUGGGGGGGAGGGGAGAAGGAAUGGGAAGCAGUGGAGGAGGAGGAGGAGAAGGAGAGAGUGGAGGAGGAGGAAUGGGAGAGGAGAUGGGUCACGGGGAGGCGGAUGUGGGAAAGGGCAAGGGUAGGGUAUUGGGAAAAGGCAAGGGGGUGGGUAAAAAGAAAAGCCAGGAGAACAACAAGGAGAGAGAUUCUGUUGGUGGUGCUGGUACUCCUGGUUGUGGUGAUGGUGAGGCGUCUUACAGUGAACUCUCCGAUAUUGACAGCCUUCAGUUGGAGGCUCUAAAGGGGGCAGAGGAAGAGCGCACAGCUGCUUCAAGGGACUGCCAUGGGUCAACUGGGGAGGCGAAAGGCAAGCAGGCUCAGUCAAAACGAGGAAAAGCGAAGGCCAGGAAGGGGCCACUCCAGCUGGAAGUUUCAGACGUCUCCGACCUCUCCUCCUCUUCACCACUCUACUCCUCCUCCCCCCUUGCUAUCCACUGUCAACACUCGCCUGGCCCUUCUGCUGGCAUUCCUUCCCCCUCUCCCUCCCCUGCUGGAAGCUUGGCUGUUGUUGAGAGGACAGCAGGGGGCAGGCAGCACAGGCAGCAGCAGAAGGCAGCUGCUACACCGAGAAAAAGCGGGAAGCUAAAAAACGUUGCUGCUGGUGCUGGUGCUGGUGCUGGUGCUAGUGCUAGUGCUAGUGCUAAUGCUGGUGCUGCUGGUUCUGCUGCAGCUGCUGGUGCUGCUUGUGCUAAUGGGGGUAUAGGCACGUCUCCCAACUCCAAUAGUGCCGAUACUGUUGUUAAGUCUGCUUCUUCAUCCUCCUCGGCUUCCCGGCACACUCCCAGCCACAACAGCUUCAGCAACAGCAGCAGCACUCCCAGGCGCAGCAGUGUGUUCAACAUAUUUAUGGGCGCACCUGAGGACCGAGAAUUCCUCUUCUCCGACACGGCUACGAUGGCUGAAACAGGGGAGAAUAGGGAAGAGGAGGAGGAGGCGACAGGAGGGGAGGGGAAGGCAGGUGAGGAGAUGAGGAGCAAAACGGAGGUGAGAAAAGAAGAGGGGCGGACACGAGAGGGGAUAGCGACUGACAUGGGUCUCCUGCAGGCAGAACCACCCAUGGCCGCUGCUCCAUUGACAGCUCCACCAUCUCGUUUUGAGACGUCUGUAGACGUUGUUACUAGCAUGGAAGAGGGGAUGUUGACCGACAGUGGACUGCUGAAGGCUGGACCACCCACGGCUGCUGCUUUAUUGACAGCCCCACCAUCUCGUUUUGAGACGUCUGUAGACGUUGUUACUAGCAUGGAAGAGGGGAUGUUGACCGACAGUGGACUGCUGAAGGCUGGACCACCCACGGCUGCUGCUUUAUUGACAGCCCCACCAUCUCGUUUUGAGACGUCUCUAGACGUUGUUACUAGCAUGGAAGAGGGGAUGUUGACCGACAGUGGACUGCUGAAGGCUGGACCACCCACGGCUGCUGCUUUAUUGACAGCCCCACCAUCUCGUUUUGAGACGUCUCUAGACGUUGUUACUAGCAUGGAAGAGGGGAUGUUGACCGACAGUGGACUGCUGAAGGCUGGACCACCCACGACUGCUGCUUUAUUGACAGCCCCACCAUCUCGUUUUGAGACGUCUCUAGACGUUGUUACUAGCAUGGAAGAGGGGAUGUUGACCGACAGUGGACUGCUACAGGCUGGACCAUCCACAGCUGCUGCUCCAUCCACAGCUGCUGCUCCAUUGAUAUUCCCGCCACCACCAUCCCCACUAGCAUUGACAGCAGCUUGCAGGAGUGCGCCUGGCAGCUCGGAAGGGGCUUCAAAGAGAGAGCGAGGGAAGAAGGAGAAGGCAGGCGGCAAGGGCAAGUCACAGGAGAGUGUGCGGCACGAGCGGGCUUUUGAGACUUCUCAAAAACCUAUCACAGCCGAGCGGGCAGGAACGCUGCUUGUGUGUGAUGAUGCGGCAAAGGGAGAUCUGGGAGAGUCUGCUUUUGAGUCGACUGGGAAGGAGAAUGUGGGGGAAGAGCGGGCAGGAACACUGCUUGUGUGUGGUGGCGAUGCAGCAAAUGGAGAUGAGGGGGAGUGCGCUGACGGAUUAAGCAAAGAAGACCAGGGGGAGUGUGGGAAAUGCACUGACGAGCAAAGCAAAGAAGACUCGCAAGACGGGGUGGUGGACGGGGUGGUGGACGGGGUGGUGGACGGGGUGGUGGACGGGGUGGUGGACGGGGUGGUGGACGGGGUGGUGGACGGGGUGGUGGACGGGGUGGUGGACGGGGUGGUGGACGGGGUGGUGGACGGGGUGGUGGACGGGGUGGUGGACGGGGUGGUGGACGGGGUGGUGGACGGGGUGGUGGACGGGGUGGUGGACGGGGUGGUGGACGGGGUAGUGGUUGGGCUGGGAGAGGGGGGUGCGGUAGGAAGAGGGUGCGUGGAAGAGGCAGAAGCUGCUGCUGGGUUGAGAGGAAGGGAAGGGGAAGAGAGUCCAGCUUCUGAUUCGCUAGAGGACAAUGCAAUACAAGGCUCUGUCAAAGAGAAAACAGCGAAGAGCAUCAAGGAGAAAGGACUCAAGAGCCCACGCAAGGCUAAGAAGCAAAAGGAGAAGGCGGAUGGGAAGGUGCCAGGGAAGGCGGAAGGGAGGGUGGGCGGGGCGAAGGUUGGAGAGAAAGCAGCAGGGAAGAAGGGGAGGGCGAAUGCAGGGAAGGUGGAUGCUGGAGGGAAGACCGCAGCUAUUGCUGCAAACACUGCCGCAGGGGAAGGAAAAGUUCAGGGAGAAGACGGGGGUCCAGCAGCAGGGGAUGGCAUUGGGGGAGUGGCUGGGACUCUCUGCGCACGCGACAGUGAAAACACUGCUGAACCCGAAGGGUUAAUUGGUGGAGGGAGUAGCAAGGGGGAUGGGGCUGAGAGGCUCCAGGCGAGCAGCAGCGAAGUGAGAGCACUGGCUGCGCUGGUAACUGAGCUGGCUUGUGCACAGUCACAACAGCAAGAGGUGGGGAGACAGGCCGAGCACCAGGAGGAGGCAGAGUCUGCUGCUUCUGCUGCUGCUGCUGCUGCUGCUGCAAAGAGUACUAACACCCGGGCACAAGCAAGGGAGCGGGCAGUGUCAUUCCACCCAGAUGUGCUUGUGAAGUCGUCUGCAGUGGAGGCGGGGCAGCAGGCAGAGGCUGCUGCUGAUGCUGCUGCUGUUGGUGCUACUGGUGGUGAUGCGGUUGCUGAUGCUGCUGCCAAAGUUUUUGCUGCUGCUGCUGCUUCGCCUGCUACUACUAAGACUUCCAAUACCCCACCACGAGCACGGCAGAGGGCAGUGUCCUUCCACCCAGAUGUCCUUGUGAAGACAUUUGCAGUGGAGGCAGGGCAGCUGAGGCGCAAGGUGGUGCGGAAGAGGCGGCACCGGCAGCAGCUCAUCGACGUGCCUGUGGCUGUUGUGGCUGCUGCUGUUGCCGCUGCUGAGGCUGCUGCUGCUGCGAUGCAGGCAGCAGCAGCAGCCGCAGCAGCAGCACAGGCAGAGGCAGAGGCAGGAGCAGAGGUAAAGGCACAGGCGCAGGCACUGGCAGAGGCAGAGGCACAGGGACUAUCAAUAGCAGGAGAGGCAGGAGCAGAGUUUCCAGAUGGGCUGGCAAGCGCAUCAGUGGCAGCAUCUGGUGCUGCUGCGGCUGGAGUGGUUGGAGCGGCUAGACCAACAGUGGCAGCAUUGCCAGCACUGCCAGCACCAACAGUAGCACCGCCAUCAGCAGCAGCACUAACAGGAACAACAGUGUUGGAUGGCACACGGGAGACUGAACAGGCAGGAUCAUCAUCAUCGGGGAGUUUCAUGGUGUAUCAAUCCCCAGAUGCCAUGCCGCAUGUCGUGCCACAUGCCAUGCCACACCCCAUGCAGCUAGCCUGGAUCCUGCAUCAGCUUCCGUUCUUUCAAGCCCAGCUGCUCACCCCUCAGGUGCCUCUGGUUCCACUUCAGGAUCCUCUCCAGGUGCCUUUUCUGCCACCCCUUCAGGUGCCGUUUCAGGUGCCUCCUCAGGUGCUUCCUCAGGUGCCCCUUCAGGUGCCCGUUGAUGUUCCUCGGCCAUGCCUCCAGCCUCUUGGUCAGGUGCCCCUUGAGCUACUCAGGAAAAUGCCUGUGGAUGUCCGAUCACAGUGCCAGGGUGCAUCAAGCAACCUGGAAUUUCAGACCCUCACAGCAAAUUCCGAGUCUCAGUGUGUGUCAGCGGUUUCACCAGGAGCAGAGGAGGGCGGUAUGCUGGAAGCUGAGGGGUAUGGGCCACAGGGGAUGAUGGGUGAUGAUGGGGGAAGAGAGGUGGUUGUGGGAGAUGGGGGAAGUGGAGCGGAGGCGGGUGUUGCAAGAGAGACGGAGGGGGGUGAUUUGGUCAGGAGAACAGACGACGUGGCUGGGGAGGGGCAGGAAACCCAACAGCAGCAGCUAGGACUGGAGUUAGGGGCAAAGAAAAGAACUAAGGGAAAGCAAAAUACGGCAAGAGAAAAGGGCACGCCCAAUAAAAAUUAAGUACAAGGGUCCAAUAAGAUGGAGAAAUGAGUGCACUAUACAGCAGCAAAGAUCUGUACAGAAAAUAGAGUAUCAGAUUUGUAUUCGUAGGUAGGUUGUAAGGAUCAGUACGUAUAGUGUGCUGUCUAGUAGAACAACUUCCGAAGUGACAUAAUGAGCC